CCAACUAUUCCUCGCAAAGUUAACCCGCCAUUGCAGGAUGAGGCGACUGGAGUUUUUUUGGAUAAAUUCCCCUCCAUCUCCAUGCUGUUGCAACAUAGAGCACACCAUGCAGUCGGUGCUCAUGCACUUGCUUUGACCAUGCUUGAUCCAGCUGGAAAGGAUAGUGUUUCUAUAUCUUUUGAUAAACUAUACCUCAAAGCAUUGCGUGUUGCCGAGGUGCUGCAUCGAAAGCUUUAUUCUUCAUCUUUGACUGGCCAAUUCGACGAUGUUGCUCCUGUUGCACUUUUAUAUAAACGCUCAGAUUGGAUCGAUUUUCUUAUUGCAAUGUUUGGCUGCAUGCUAGUGGGAGUUGUUGCAGUACCCAUUGUCACAUCAUCUGUGAAUAAUGCCGAAGAGCUUGCCGAGUUGGAAUUUAUUCUUGAAUCGUCUAAAAUCGAAAUGUGUCUUACCACUGACACCAAUGUGCGCGUCUUGACUAAGCUAUACUCGCAACGCGGUGGAGCUAUUCCUCGACUUGAAUGGCUAAAAACUAAUGAACUAGGAGCAUAUAGCGCUCAGCGCGAUACUGAAUCUAUCGAGGAUCCAACGUGGCUACUAAAGCUCACCGAUACUACAUCUGAUCGGAUUGCAUAUAUAGAAUAUGUCAAAAACUCUUAUGGCGAAUACAAAGGAGUUGCUGUUCAUCAUGGCAUGAUAAUGGCUCAAUGUUCAGCUGUCAAAAUAGCCUACGACCUUCAAUUUUCUGAUGUGAUAGGUGUCUGUCUUGAGCCGCGUCAACACGUUGGACUUCUUUUUUCUGGAUUUGCCAAUAUAUAUGCCGGCUGUGCGUCUGUGCUAUUCUCUGAAUCCGCCAUAUGUACGUAUGGAUUGUGGCCAAAAUGCAUCACAAAGAAAAAAGUGUCUUUAUUUGUCACGGAUAUGGGAUGGACGUAUGAACUCAUUGCUUCCAACAAGUCUGCCAAGCCCACCACGGAGACUUUGUCGAAUAUGUCUGCACUGAAAAAAUAUAUUAUUAAUUCAGAAACCCUUCUCCCAGGCAUUGCAGCUGCGAUUUCCAGUACAUUACAGCCUUUUGGAUUUCCCGGACCUGGUGUUGUUGCUUCACUCUUCACGUUAAAUGAAUUCGGCGGAUCUAUUGUUUCUAUGGAUAAUAUCACUCAAGCCUCAUUUAUGGAACAUACCUUGCGUCUUAGCUCAAUUCGUAGCCAUCGGUUUGAAUUUCUUUACAAUCAAUCUGGUGCUGAAGUGCCUGAUUCGAUUCGCGUGUGCGACUCUGGCGUUGUAAUGCCCCAAGGCUCUGUUGCUAUCAUAGAUGAUGAGACUGAUACACUUGCUUUAAAUGGAUGUAUUGGUGAGAUUUGGAUUUCUGGUCCUCAUAUUCCCAAGACGCUUCAAAAUCUACCGAAACUUACUGAGCAUGUGCUUCAGGGACGUCCUAUGCUUUUUGCUAGUCCUAACGAUGUUUUUCCGGAGAGCCUUGGAGUGAAACCCAUCAAAUCUUCUCAAUCGAAUGAACUCAAUCGGACAGUUGAUAUACCGCGUAUGCCUGUUCAUCCUUUGGCGUCGACAAAACCACCACUUCAAACAAAAGACGACAAUUCCAAAAUGUCCAGUUCACAAAAAGAAUACAGCUUUCAUUUGGCUUCACAGCUAGGCAACACUGUAGCACUGUAUGUUCCUGGUGUGAUUGCUACGGUGUUUUUCGAUAUUCUGUUACACGGCGAGUUUCUUCCCGUUGUUCUUGUUGAAACACACCGUGAGGAUGUUGAUAUGAUAGGUCCUCAUAUCUACCAAAUUUUGAGCGAGAUGUAUGACUUGCAUGUGUUUUGUGUUUCAGUAUGUUAUCCUGGCUCAUUGCCACGCAUGUAUGCAGACACUCAUACAGGCUCAGGGUUUCAAACCUCUAGAAAGCUAUUCCACUCGGGCUCGCUUAAUCCCUUGUUUGUGUAUUUUAAUGGAUCUCCCAGAGUCUAUGGGCAUAUUUUGCAGAGCCCAAUUCCUGUAUCACACCAACUUACAAAUACAGAAUCCAAUACAUUGCAGAUUGUUGGUGCAAUGAAAGAUGCUCCAAUUUUAGAUGAUAGAUUUAAAAAAGAUCUGCGAUCAUUCAAGUCCGUGCUGGAGUUGCUUAUGUGGCGUACAGAAAUAACUCCAGAGAACAUGGCGUUUACUGCAGUUGAUAUGCGAGGACGAGAAACCAAAAUCGUCACGUUUGCCAAACUGUCUACCAAAAUUCAUGCACUUGCCAAACAUUUGGUAACAAAAGCAAACCUUUCUUCGGGCGAUCAUGUGCUGUUGAUCUGCACACAUACACUCGAGUAUCAUAUUGCUGUAUGGGCGUGCUUGUAUGCCGGAAUUGUAUGUAUUCCUAUUCACCCACCUGAUCCUACUCGACUCAAAGAAGAUAUUCCUGUGUUGUUGAGGCUUGUGGAUGAGUUUAAAGUCAAACAAGUGCUUGUCAAUGGUCCUGUCGAGCAAGAUUUUAAAUCCAAGGCAAUUCGUACAUUGAUUCGAACCAUGCGUGGUCCAAUGAUCAAUUCUUCACAGUAUUCCAUUUUCCCAGAUAUCUGCAAUGUGUCCAAGGCAAGCAAAACUAAUAAGCACAUGUCAAUCAAUGAUACUGCUUAUCAACCACGCACCCAUUCAAAGAAUGCUGCUGCGGUGGUGUUGGUUUCUUUUAACCCCGAUAUGCAAUACACGUGCGUUAAAAUAUCGCACAAGACUCUUAUGGAGCAAUGCCGUAUUCAAGUCACUCAGAGCAAAAUGUUGCGAUCGACUUUAUACAGCAACAAUUCUUCCGGACAAAUUUCAUCUGAUCGAUAUUCACCACCCACAUCACGUCCACUAGUGUCUUGUCUUCGCGCAUGCAAUGGCAUUGGAUUUACCUAUUCGCUACUUCUUGGCGUAUACACUGGUGCUGGUACCUAUAUUAUUUCUCCUUUUGAUUAUUUUGUCAAUCCUCAAAUUUGGUUUGAUGCUAUUCACAAGUAUAAAGUCAAGGAUGUGUUUGCGUCGUAUUCAAUGACGGCACAUGCAGUGAAUGCGAUGCGAACAGGCUUACUCCGACCUUUUUCAUUACACAAUCUUGAGAACCUAAUGAUUCCACUGGAUGGUCGUCCGCAGCCACAUAUGUUUCAAGCUAUUUCAGGUACAUUUGCACCUAGCAAAUUAUCUGAUCAAUCUAUAUCAAACGUAUAUACACCUAUUUUUAAUCCACUAGUAUCUUCACGAUCCUACAUGGCUGUUGAUCAAACUACACUCUGGCUUGACUCGAGUGAACUGCGUAAUGGAUGUAUUAAACUGAAUUCUACAGCUGUGUCGAUCAGUGAUACCAUCAUGGUUCAGGACUGUGGCGUGAUUGUCAACAAUACGGUUGUGGCAAUUGUCGAUCCCAUAACAAAGCAGCUAUGUAAACCCAAUAGAAUUGGUGAAAUAUGGGUUAGCUCGCCUGGAACAAUUGACGCGGGAUUAUUUGAUUGCGUGAUACCAGGCAUUGAUCCUGGGUUAAAGUUCACCCGUACAUGUGAUCGUGGGUUUUUAUGGCCUGUGCCUGUUUCUGCACUUGAGGCUCAGGCAUUAGCUAUUGGUGAUGAACCCGCUAGUGGAUGGGAUGGGUUAGUUAAUACUGGACUGCCAUACGAGUUGGUUUUGUUUACACUGGGACCUUUUGUGGAUGAAAUUGUAGUAGAUGGAUUGAUCCACUAUCCCGAAGAUAUCGAGGCAACGAUUGAACGCUGGAGUGUAGCCUCUACUAUAGAUGGGUGUAUGGUAUUUAAAUCGCAAAAUCAAGUUAUUGCUGCGGUCGAAUGUGUGAAUCUACAGAUGGCAUUAAACAUGGCACCUCAGAUUAUGUUGGCAGUGUUGGCCAAGCAUAGAUUCUUGUUGAGCUUGAUUGUGUUUGUACCUUUGACUUUGCUUGCCAAGAGUCGACACAAUGAAAAACAACGAGGUCGAGUUGCCACUGCAUUCCAAAUCGGAAAACUUCCUGCUAUGGCAACAAUCCACAUCUCACCCACAUCGAAUAAAGCAUAACGACAAUUUGACUACAUGUUUACAUCAUUAAAUGAAGUAGAGAAUAGUUCAAUU